CUAUUUUUAUUUAUUUAUUUAUUUUUUGGCUUUCAUUCAUCCAUACCGCUUCCUGCAUCCCCUCCAAUGGGGGGAUGAACCUCUGAAGUUCCGAUCAGUGGUUCCCCCCACUUUGGGAACCACUGAUCUAAGUUUCCAUUUUAUUGCCACUCUUAUUUUAUUAGUUUUCUUUUUACUUCAUUAUUUUAGUCAUGCAUUAAUUUAUUUUGUAGUCUUAUCAUAUAUGAGCAGUGAUGUCGUGAAGUGACGUUCUGCUCAGAUUAUGAGGAGAAGCCAUCUUUGAUUUCACCUCUUUAUUAUUAUUUUGAAUCAGAAAAUCAAAUCAAAUUUAUUGAAAAGAAUUUAUUUUCUAAAGCGAAAGACCAGAUCUCUGAUCGGCUGAGCUUUAUUCUGAAAGGUCAAGCCGGAUGUAGUGUCUGGUUAUGGCUGGUAAAAUGCCAGUUCCAAAUAUGGGCCUGACGUCAGCGCUAGGCUCCGCCCCUUUGUGCAGCCAGGUCCUCCUGCGCUCAGCUUCAUUUAAACUUUCCUCCGCGGCGCAGCGAGCCGCACCGACUCUCCCUCAGCAGCCCAGCCGCAGUCUGGUCGCUGACUCUCGGCCAUGGCUUCCGUCACCUGCCGGGUCCAGUACCUGGAGGACUCCGACCCGUUCAUCUGCACGAACUUUCCCGAACCACGGAGACCUCCGACUGUCUCCCUGGAGGAGGACCAGCUGCUGAGCGAGCAGAUCUCCGGGAUCCACAAGCUGCUCGGGGCGCCGCUGAAGCUGGAGGACUGUGCCCUGCAGGUGUCUCCCAGCGGGACGUACCUGGACCUGGACUCGUCUCUGGCGGAGCAGCGGGACGAGCUGGACGCCUUCUACCAGGACCUGGCAAAGGGCAGGAAGCCGAUCCUGGUCCUGAGGACGCAGCUCUCCGUGCGCGUUCACCUCAUCCUGGAGAGGUUGUACAACUCCAAAGGCCCAGAGCUGAGGCGCUGUCUGUUCUCCCUCAAGCAGCUCUUCCAGGACGAUAAGGAUCUGGUCCCAGAGUUCGUAGCGUCAGAAGGCUUGGCGUGUUUCAUCAAGGUUGGAGCCGAAGCCGACCACAACUACCAGAACUACAUCCUGAGAGCUCUCAGCCAGAUCAUGCUGUUUGUGGACGGGAUGAAUGGCGUGAUCCACCACCCAGAGAUGCUGCAGUGGCUCUACACACUGACAGGAAGUGUGUCUCACCUGCUGGUGAAAACAGCUCUGAAGCUCCUCAUCGUGUUUGUGGAGUACGCCGAGUCCAACAGUCCUCUGCUGAUCAGCGCCGUGACAACGGUGGACGCAAAGAGAGGUGUGAAGCCCUGGACGAACCUGAUGGACGUUCUGGAGGAGAAGAACGGCGCCGACACAGAGCUGAUGGUCUUCACCAUGACGCUCUUCAACAAGAUUCUGGCAGCGCUGCCGGACCAGGACUCAUUCUACGACGUGACGGACUGCCUGGAGCAGCUGGGCAUGGAGGCCCUGGUCCAGAAACACCUGAGCAGCAAGCGGGCGGAGCCGGACCUCAAGGCCCAGUUCUCCACCUAUGAGGUGGCUCUGCGGCACGAGGACGGAGACGUGGAUGACUCCGCCCCCCUCCUCCGAAAGGAGAGGAGAAAGAUGGCCACCGGCGACCAGGAGGGCAGGAGGAGCCGGCGCUCCAGUCAGAACCUGCCGGACCUGCUGUCCCCCACCCCGUCCACGCCUGUCCUCUCCCCGUCCUCCAUCAUAUCCUCGCCCACGCUGGACAGCACCGCCUCAUCGCCGCUGUCCUCUGAACCCGGAAGCUCCGCCUCCAGCCCCUCCGGGUCCCCUCGGGGCUCGCCGCUGCCCCCCCACGCUGGACCCGGCGGCGAUUCGUCCACCGAGCUGGAAACAAAGACGCCGUCCAGCCCGAGUCGCUCUUUUCUCAGCCACCACAUGUCAGCUCUGGGUCUGGGCAGGAAGUCCCGCCUCUUCUCCAAAACCAGCUCCAUCUCCGAGGAGCCUCUGCCUGGCUGCAGCUCAUCUCCAUCUGACCUCUCGCCUCCGGAUCCGUCCCAGCAGAACUCAGAGCAGAUGGUCAGAGCAGAGUCCAAACCUCGUCAGAACUCGCUGGAGGCUGAGCAGAAAGUCUUCUGCCCAGAGGACUUUGAUGUGAAUCUGAACAAGCCGGUUCUGAAGAAGUUCCAAAGUACCUUCCUGCGCAGCCUGGCAGCCACUAACUGGGACAAGAAGAGGAGAAGUAAACACCUGAGCAUUCCCCAGCUGUCCCUGUGUGAUGAUGUCAUAAGUCCAUGUCCUGAACCCAGCGCCGGCAUUGGGCCUGAGCGACCCACGGUUCCUGUGCAGCGGCAGUGCAGCACCCUGUCUGAUGUCGCCAUGUUGGUUUUGGACAUGAUGUAUUCCAACAAUUCUGCCGCAGUGCCCUCGAGCCCGACUGAUGCUGCGUUUGGCUCUGCUAAGGAAGAAGAAGGCAGCUUUGCGCCUGGUGAAGAUCUUUGUGGCCGUGUUUCGGAGCGACUGUCCAACUUCAGCUCACUGUCGGUGGGGUCCGGCACAGAGAGCAGCGCCCCCCAGAGGGCGGAUCUGGAAUGCCUGAAGGGCUCGGCGCAGGCGGCCAGGGCCCGGCUGGCCGAGGAGCAGAAGAACCGUUUGGUCCGGCAGCAGAGCGGCGAGAGGGCGGAGCCUGCGGUGCGGCGCCUGGAGUCCAUAAACUCUGUGGGUCCGGCGGAUGCCUGGGAUCAGCUGCAGCCCAGCGGCGCCGACCUGAAGAUCAAAGAUCUGGACUUCUCCGACCUGCUGGAGGACGAAGACAUCGACGUCCUGGACAUGGGCACCAACUCCUCCUCUUCCUCCCAUUUCUCAGGCAUCCCUCCUCCUCCGCCACCGCCACCAGGAGGCGCCGCUCCUCCACCUCCUCCGCCUCCUCCUCCGCCCCCCAUCCUGGGUUCCCCUCCUCCACCUCCUCCCCCUCCAGGUGGCGUGCCCCCGGCUCCGCCCCCUCUGACCGGCGGGCCGUCGGGCCUGACGAAGAAGAAGAAGACGGUGAAGCUGUUCUGGAAGGAGUUGAAGCAGGCGGAGAGCCAACAGAACUGUCGCUUCGGCCGCGGGACGGUGUGGGCGUCGCUGGACAAGGUGGAGGUGGACACGGCGCGCCUGGAGACUCUGUUCGAGUCCAAGUCCAAGGAACUGCCAGUCGCCAAGAAGGGACCAGAACCCAAGAAGUCUCUGGUUCUGGACCCAAAGCGGAGCAACGCCAUCAACAUCGGCCUGACCGUUCUUCCUGCCGUCCACGUCAUCAAGAACGCCAUCCUGAGCUUCGAUGAGUACGCCAUCAGCAAGGAGGGGGUGGAGAAGAUCCUGACGAUGAUCCCGACCGAGGAGGAGAAGCAGAAGAUCCAGGAGGCCCAGCUGUUGAACCCCGACCUGCCGCUGGGAACCGCAGAGCAGUUCCUGCUCACCCUGGCCUCCAUCAGCGCCCUGAACCCCCGCCUGCAGCUCUGGGCCUUCAAGCUCAACUAUGAGGUUCUGGAAAAGGAAAUCGCGGAGCCUCUGUUCGACCUGAAGCUGGGCAUGGAGCAGCUGGCGUCCAAUCAGACGUUCAGGAGGAUCCUCGCCACGCUACUCGCCAUCGGCAACUUCCUCAACAGCUCCAAUGCCAAAGGCUUUGAGCUGAGUUACCUGGAGAAGGUGGUGGAGGUGAAGGACACCGUCCACCGCCACUCGCUGCUGCACCACACCUGCACCCUGCUGGAGGACAAUUACCCACAAUCCUCUGACGUGUACUCCGAGAUCCCCGCCAUCACCCGCUCCGCCAAGGUGGACUUUGACCUGCUGGCGGAGAACCUGGUCCAGCUGGAGAGGCGCUGCAAGGCAUCAUGGGAGAACCUGAAGCUGGUGGCCAAGCAUGAGAGCAAGGCGGUGCUGAAGAACAAGAUGACGGAGUUCCUGAGGGACUGCACCCAGAGGAUCAAGAUCCUGAAGGUCGUCAACAGGAGGGUCAUCAACAGGUUCCACUCCUUCCUGCUGUUCCUGGGUCAGCCGUCCUUCUCCGUCCGAGACGUGAAGGUCACCAGCUUCUGCCGCAUCAUCAGCGAGUUCGCUCUGGAGUACCGCACCACCCGCGAGCGCGUCCUCACCAUCAGACGCAAACGCACACUCAAGAGGGAGCGGAACAAGACCCGGGGCAGGCUGAUCACCGAGACGGAAAAGUUUUCGGGUGUUCCUGUUCAGGACAGCAUCUCGCCCGUCUCCAUGGCAACAGAUCCGGGCUCUGAUCAGGAGGAGGACCAUGAAACCAUGACGAGCCUGCUGACCAGCAGCUGCAGCAGCCCGCACCCAGUCACCAUUCAUCCUGCAGGCCUGCGCCGCUCCAGAGCCGUCCGCAGUAACUGCUCGGUGAGCCCAUCCACUCCGACCGCUGCUAGGGACGACGGGACCAGCUCUCAAGACGACGCCAACGAUGACAUCAUGGAUCGACUGGUGAAGUCCGUGACCCAGAACCCGUCAAACAGAACCACCAGCCCAAAGACCCGCAAACGGUCCCGACUCAACAGGAAAUCCAUGCGGAGAACCCUGAAGGGCGGAUUGGACCUGGAGGCGGUCCAGGCUCUGGGUCUGCAGCCCAGCAAGACGGGAGACAGAGUCUGACCUCGCGCUGACCUCCUGACCUCCGGACUUUCUGCUGCUCCAGCGUUUAUCUCCUCAUCUGUUUGCAAAUGAACCUUCAGCGCAGCAACAGCAGCUCAGUCUGCGGAUCAGAACCAGAACCAGAACUGAUCUGUUUGCUCUUCACACCAGACUUGGACUUACCUGCUGCCUCGUUGGUUCUGAUCCAGAAAGUCCAGCAGAUGGACGACCAGAAGAACUCGGAUCAGGACAAACUGCCUGAGAUGAACCGCAGAACCACCUGCAGCUUCCAGGGGCUUCAGUUUGCUGUAAAUUAGCCCAGGUUCUGCUCAGGUUCUGGACCUGCUGCUGGUUCUGGACCUCUCACCUCCACAGUAUUCUUGUUAAUCUGGUACCGAGCAAUCCGACUGUUCACCUGCCACCAGGUGUGUUGGUGUGACGUCUCUGGGUUCUGGUUCUGUGAUGUCUCUGGGUUCUGGUUCUGUUCCUCAGCUGAUGACGACGUGAGGCUGAAUGUUUUUCUGCUGUUAAUAAAGAUUUUCAAUAAAUCUGA